UAUAAAAAAAAAUUGCCUCAUAAAAAAAAAAUAAAGAACACAAAAUGAAGUUUCAUGCGACAAUAUUUCUGAUGAUGGUUUUAUUAAGCUUAUACACCGAACAUGUGAUAGGAUCAUCGUUUAUUAUAUUUAACAACUUGAACCACGGACACUGGUUAAAAAUACAUUGUAAAUCUGGAGACAACAAUCUCGGUUACCACCUGAGACGCCCCGGACGUAACUACUCUUCGCACUUCCACGAAAAUGCAUGGGGGACAACGCUUUACUGGUGUCAUCUAUUGAAGGGUCCUAAUUUCAAGGAUAAAGUGGUGAUCGAAGCGUAUAAUGGUAAGACGCAGUCUUGGGGGAAGGUAAGAUGGUCUGUUAGGGAAACAGGCAUUUAUGAAGCUGAUCGUGAGGAGAAGACUGCCAAAUUCAGGUAUAAUUGGAAUGGUAAAGUGUGAAAUUUUGGGUUUCCAUUAAUAAUUGUGAAACUGAUAUACCCAUCUAAUUAUGUAUUUUAUUGUUAAAUAAUUCCUAUUAAAUGUGUGCCGUCAAAAAAAAAAAAAAACAUAUUAAUCUUGUUGUAAUAUGUCGUCUUUGAUUCUGAUAAAUGUGUUCUUCGAUGUUAUCCUCGCGUCAUGCAUUGGAUUUUUCCAUUGGAUUAAUA